CCCGCGUUCCUGCCUUUGCGCCUGUGAAUAUCCGUAGUGGGUGAGAUCUGAGUACAAAAAGCCCCUGCAACGAAUUUAUUCUUGAACUAUUCCAUUAUUGCGUCAACAUGUGCAAACAUAUUCUCAACGCUCAAGUUUCCAUCCGUUCCCCUUGCUGCCGAAAAUGGUUUGAUUGUGCCGAGUGCCAUCACGAGUCAGAAGACCAUGAGUUACUGCAGAAGAUGGACAUGACCUUCGCCUGCAAAAAGUGCAAAAAGGCCUUCCGAAAGGAUGCCGCAGUGUUCGAAGAAAGUGACGAGUAUUGCCCGCACUGCGAUAACCAUUUUGUGCUGGAGGCCAAGACACCAAAGCCGAUGCUGAAAUUUGAGGGCGAGGAUGCUCGAGUCGAUAACAGGAUGUUGAUCGACCACAGAACGCGGCAAGAGGAAGCCCGGACCAUAUUCGAUGUCAAGGACGCGCCUAAUAAGCUGGGUUGAAUACCAAUCGAGUGGGGGAAAGGGGGGAGCUCAGGGGAAGAGGAAGGGGAAGGCAAG